CCCAAGGUCAUUUCGGCAUUGCUACAAGGUCGUUCGUAAACUACAGUCUCAUUACUUAUUGGGAUCAACACUGUUCGGUAUGGGACAGGCAUUCUUUUGGAAAUAUAACACCGUUAUGUUUUUUUUCGGCAUUGAAUAUACGUGCUAAUCCUCGUUCAUUAUUUCAGUCAUUUUAUUUUAUGCGAAUACUUUUGUAUACACAAUGAAUUUUGGUCCAAUGUUUUUUUCGAAUCGCUUUACGAAAUUAUUUGACAUCCAUUACCAGUUUUAUGCAUGAUCUAUGUGGUGCACCGUUUAUGAAAACAACAACUUAUAAGUUAGUCUGGCAAGUAUUGCAUUGAAGUGUGAUAUUUUCGGCAGUGGUUCCAAAGUAUAAUCAGCAUAAUAAUAAAGCCUGCACAUAUUCAUGUAACGUCUUUUACUUUUCAGUUAUGAGUAACAUCUACGUUACCGAACCAGCAACUCAUGGUAAAGUUAUUCUAAAGACCACAGUUGGGGAAAUAGAAAUUGAGUUAUGGUCCAAAGAAGCCCCUAAAGCAUGCAGAAAUUUUGUCCAGCUGUGUAUGGAGGGCUACUAUAAUGACACAGCAUUCCAUCGGCUUGUUCGUGGUUUCAUCGUUCAGGGUGGAGAUCCGACAGGUACUGGAGAAGGUGGAGAAAGUAUAUACGGACAACCCUUUAAGACGGAAAUUCAUUCAAGACUAUCCUUCAAUCGUCGUGGCCUUGUUGGGAUGGCAUGCCUUGAAGAAAACAUGAACGGGAGUCAGUUUUUCUUCACUCUAGGGUCGGCUACAGAACUUACAGGAAAACACACAUUGUUUGGUCGUGUGGCUGGUGAAACUCUGUUCAAUAUGCUGCGGCUCGGUGAAGGAGAUGUAGGCCGAAACGAACGACCGUUGAGGCUUCAUCGGAUUGUGAGCACUUAUGUUAUACUCAACCCAUAUGACGAUAUUGAACCGAGGCAUCGGCCAAAGAAGGUAGUUAAAUCAGGUCCCGAAGAGGAGGUUAAGGUCACUGCAAAAGCUACAAAGAAUUUUUCUCUUCUAUCUUUCGGAGAAGAAGCAGAGGAAGAGGAAGAAGUUGUAAACACAGUAGUUGAGAAAUUUCGACAAAAGAGUAAAAGUGCUCAUGAUCUCCUUUCUGAUCCUCGUCUUAGCUCAAUCCCGGUGACGAUAAGCGAUGAAGAUGCUGAGGCAGUUAAUCGUGCAAAAUCAGAAUUAGAAAAAGAAAUUCAAGAACGACAACGGCGACGUGAUGCAACACACCUUCAAGAAGAUGAAGCUAAAGCCAAACGAAUUGAAAUGUUGCGACAAGAAGCUGAGGAAUUACGUCGUCAAAUAGCAUUGUCAAAGCGCGCUGAAAAAAACAAACAGUCGAAAGAGAAGGAAGAAUUAGAACGUAAGGCCCGUGAAGCUCAAGAGCAAAAAGAACAAGAAGAAGCUGCCUUGGCCCGCUGGGAGGCUAAACAAAAAGGCGAACUUGAUGGUGAUUCAAAGACUACUCAACCUUUGGUAGAUGAUUUAGAAACUUUUUCAGCUGAUUUUGCCAGUUACAAAGCAAAGUCAAAAAAAGCUAUAAAGGGUUCUGAACGUGAAGCUGUAACUUUAUCAUUGUUGGAACGAUUCGGUAAUCGUCUUCGUAGUGUUAUUGGUUCCGAAGAAUCAAACGAAGAACUUUGCAAAUUUUCACCUAUGGAUGAUUGGAUGAAAAAUCGUCUAGUAUCGGAAGUUCCAACACCAGCUAGAAAAGUUCUUGAUCCUACUAUGCCACAUCCUGAUCGUUAUGAUUUGUAUGAUCCUAGAAAUCCUCUUAAUGUUCGUAAGAGGGGUGGAGAUGUGGAAAGUAUGAUAGAGAAAAAAUCUCGGCGUGUUUAAGAUGUUUCUGACAAAUUUGUAUUCAUUUUUCUGUACAUAAGUUGUUGUGAAUGUAUUUUAUACAGUGGAAUGCAGCACGUUUCUUCUAAUGAAUUAUAUAAGUUUUUGUAAUUCUUGAUUCACUUCCCUUACAAAACAAUCAAAUUUGUAAAUAACUGAUUUUAUUAACACACACUGUUCAACCCAAAACUACUGAAUUUCUUG